CCAGUUCGCGUGUGUUUCGUACCAUUUGUCCCUCUUCUCUUCCUUUACAGACUGAGUGCUAAUCACAUGACCAGGCAGGGCUGCUGCUGCUGCUGCAGCUGGUGUUGUCGAGCUGUCAAAGAGAAGCUUAACUGUCAACCACACAGUUAUUGUUGUAUGAAUUUUGUCCCAUGUUUUUCUCUGGCAUGAUGGAGCUAAUAUGGGGUGGGUCUCACACCCCAUAUUAGCAUGUGUGGACCAAAGCAAGAAUCUCCCACCUUGCAUCUCUUCUCCAAACGACCACUGUCAUGGCCUCCAGUUAUCCAUCCCCCUUUGAGGGCACAGGUGAAGUGAAGGAGGGCUUUCUUUGCCCACUUUGCCUGAAGGACCUUCAGUCAUUCUACCAACUCCAAGACCACUAUGAAGAGGAGCACUCUGGGGAUGACCGCCAUGUUAGAGGACAGCUCAAAAGUUUGGUUCAGAAGGCAAAGAAAGCCAAAGACAAGCUGCUGAAAAGAGAUGGAGAUGACAGACCGGAUACAGGCAGUUAUGAGUCCUUCUACUAUGGUGGAGUGGACCCCUACAUGUGGGAGCCUCAGGAACUGGGAGCAACCAGAAGUCACCUGGACUUCUUUAAAAAACACCGGGCAGCCAGGAUAGAUCACUAUGUCAUUGAGGUCAACAAGCUCAUCAUCAGACUGGAAAAGUUGACAUCAUUUGACAGGAUCAACUCAGAUGCCGCCAAAAUCAGAGCCAUUGAGAAGUCAGUGGUGUCAUGGGUGAAUGACUCAGAUGUCCCGUUCUGUCCCGACUGUGGAAACAAGUUCAACAUUCGGAACAGGCGGCACCACUGUCGCCUCUGUGGGUCCAUCAUGUGUAGGAGGUGCAUGGAAUUUGUACCCUUACCUUUGGCUCAAAAGCUGAUUAAUGGCACACGAGAGGCCCUGUGUGUACCUGGAAGCCCCGUUCAGUCCCAGUCUCCUCCAGCAGGAGGUGGAGGCAGUGGGAUGGGCUCCAGGAGAGGCAGCAUCAGCAGCCUGAGCAGCGUUACCUCCAUGCUGGAGGAAAAGGACGACGAGAAGAUUCGCUGCUGUCACCACUGUAUGGACACACUGCUGAAGAUACAGCAGAAGUUGGAAGAGAAGGACCACGUGCCGGAUAUAGUGAAACUUUACGAGAGGCUGAGGAUGUGCAUGGAGAAGGUGGAUGAAAGGGCUCCAGAAUACAUCAGAAUGGCUGAGUCUCUAAAUGCCGGAGAAACCACAUACAAUCUUGACACUGCUGGUGGACUGAGACUGGAAGUACAGAAAUACUACGAACUAAUCGAUGCCCUGAGUAAGAGGAUUUUAACACUAAGAGCAAAAGAUGAUCCACCACCGCAUCCAAAGGCCCUCCAGCUGCAGAGGAUGGUCCGCUAUACAGCCACGCUAUUUGUCCAGGAGAAGCUGUUAGGUCUCAUGUCUUUACCUACUAAGGAGAAAUAUGAAGAGCUGAAAGAAAAGAGGAAACAGGAACAAGAGAAGAGAGUCCAACAAGAGAGACUGGCAUCCCAGGAGACCCUGAAGAGGAGGCAGGAGUCUGAGAAAAACCGUCCACCUCCCAGUACCAAUGGAGAGCUGUCGCAGGCCCCUAGAGCUCCACGCAUGACCAAAGCUGGUGGUUGGUUGCCCUCUGCAGACUCUGCCCAUGCACGCUACGAACUGGAGGACCCCCUCCUGCAGCAGAUUGAGAACAUACAGUCAUUCCUUCGUCAGGCACGGGAGGCCCAGAGGACAGAUGAGGUAGCCAUGUUGGAGGAGAACUUGCGUCAGCUGCAGGAUGAAUACGACCAGCAGCAGACCAGCCUGGCCAUCGCACUCUCCCAGAAGCUGGCUAAGGAGGAGAGCUUGCAGCAGGGGGAGUUCCAUCGUCUGGAAGUCCGGGAAAGGGAGGAGAGGGAGAAUUGGGGCUCCACUGUGGGCUCCACCCAGCCUCCCAUCACCUGGGAGAGGUCUCUGGAUAUCAGUCCGGCAGGGGGCUUCCAAGGAGAGGAAGACACUGCAGCAGAGGACCUGACUCCUAAAGCUGAAAGGAGUCCAUCCUCUGUAAGAGCAUUCCCUGCUCUCACAAGCCAGGAGGAGUCACCUCCCAGGUUGAGGAGCUUAGGGGGGCAUGUAACCCCCCCUGGUGGUGAAGGACAGAACACUACCCCCUUAAACCCUUUCGAUGAAGAGGACUCUACUCCCAUUGAAGAGGAUCCAUCCAAUCCCUUCUUUGAGGACAUAAAGAGGGAGCACAAAGAGGUAACCAAUGGAAAGAAAGAAUACAACCCAUUCGAUGAAGAUGAAAAUGUUGAGGAGGACAAACAGGCUGAGACCGUACAUGGUGAGCCCGCACCUGGCAACCCCUUUGAGGAGGACGACCAUACUGAUACAGGUAACCCCUUCCUGGAGGCUUCUGGGAAUUCUCCAGGAGUCUCGACCAAUCCCUUUGAGGGGGACGAUGACAACGUUUUGCCUGACGUGGACAUGAUAGAGGAGGAACUGCUACUGCAGCAGAUUGACAACAUUAGGGCCUACAUUUUUGACGCCAAGCUCAGUGGCCGUCUCGACGAGGUGGAGCUCCUGUCAGAGAACCUCAGAGAGCUACAGCACACCUUACAGGAACAGAAGAAAAAGAAGCACUGACACAUUUCCCUCAAAAUCCCCCUGAUUACCUGCUACUUACCAAGUCCUGCAAGGCUAGCUCACUUUACAUGACUAAUGAGCCCACUGGUUUUAGUUUGGGUGAGGUCUGCUGCACCACAAAAAGAUUAGGUUAGUCCCAAAAUUAAAUAUGUACUAGAGUUCAGUAGUCUGGACCGACUGUUAAUUUCCAAACAUCUUUCUAAACCACUAAUCCUGCACAGGGUCACAGGGGUUUGGUGCCUAUAUGAUCAUGCACAGUUUUUAAGCACUGCAAGUAAAAAUUCAUUUGUACAGGCAUGUUGCUGAAGAUAUUAACCCUGUUGUAUCAGCACAAACACGAACAAUGGAAGACAGAAGAAUGCCACUUUUGCCACAUUUUUUAAUGUGACAGUCAGAUUGUUGUUUGAGUUCAGUGUGGCUGUGGUCUUGUGGAGGUCAGGAUGUAUGAUUUGGCUCUCUGGCAGAAGCCAAGAACAAAGUCAAAGUGAUCAAAUGGGAGCCAUGAAGCAAUUGAUGCACGAUAUAAAAUCUAUGGUUGAACAAUAAAUUUAUUUAAUUUAAUUAAAAUUUUUGCCAAAUUAAAUUAACAGAAUACUCCACCGAUUUAACAUUGUUGAACUCACAAUGGACAGUUUUUUAACAAAGGAUAAAAAUGUAUGCAGUAGAACCAGAGAUGAUAUCAUUUUUAUUCCAUGCAUUCUUCUUGUCAAAACCUGGUGCAUAAUUAGCUAAAAUGCAACUUGACGGCCGACACUUCAGGUUUGUUAUGCUGGUAGCAGCAAAUGUAGCCUCAAGCAGGCUGCAGAAGUUUAAUAAGCACUUCUUUCUAACUCCACACCCCCAGAAUUUGUUUCAUUUUAAAACUUGUAGUCUUCAGCCCCAGCUGAUGCUGACUUGAGGAAAUUCAUCAGAUUUUACGCAGCUCCCUCUGGAGCAACAAAAAGGCUUCAAACUAACUUUUUCACAUAUGCAGUAGCAGUCCCCAAGACCUGUAAACAGACUUUGAUGUGUAAAAUCAGUGGAGUUCCCCUUUAAUUCUGUUGAUAUUAGAGGCAUCUCGUUUUACAACUUUAGUUUAUUUGUGGUAAUUGAAAUUCCUGCUGUUCAUUGAACUAAUACCAAAGAACCAAACCAUGCAUAACUGUUCUAACUGGGCCAUUAACAACACUCAGACAAAACACCUAUGUGAUAAUUUAAUGAGAAACAAAUGGAAUUAGACUUAUAUGACCAUAUUUGUGCAGCCUAGUCUUUGAAGGAAACUGAUCAUUACAUAAAUUGUUAUACAUUAAAAUGUAAUCACAGCCUUAAAUUACUAAUUCAGUCACAAGUCGGCAGAGCCUGUGACUGCUUUGUCAGAUUUAUAAGAGGGAAAUUAAAGGCACAUUACACAGAAUCAAGCCAUUCCCAUUGCUCUUAUGUAACUGUCACUCGUACUGACUUAUGACAUUAUCAGAAGGAAAAAGGCUUCUAAUCUUUAAUUGAAGUAUUUGUUUUAACACUUGCUAAUUUCUUUUUCAGUUAAAGUUGCUUUUUCUGUAAAACUGAAUUCAAAUGAACAUGUUAACCUGUCCCUGUUAAGUGACACUUUCUCUGUCUGUCUGCAUGGUUUAGAUGAAAGUUGUACUCAAGCAGUUUUGCUUCAUUAAUCACUUUUUUGUGCGUCCUGUCUGUGUCACGUUGGCCUUGGCAUGGUUGCAUUUUAGAUCUUUAUUUUUAUUUUUUUUUAAAGCAUCUUAAAUGCCAGUGAGCCAAGAGAACAAAGUGUUUUCCACAUCCUACUGUGCGACCCCUAAAGGUUGUGAUCUUAUUGUUUACAGUGGCACGACUGAUCCAACUGAGCACUUGGGUUGCAUGAUUCAUGUCCGCGUGUCUUUGAAGUGCUGUUUGACGCUGGUCUUUCUAUCGAGCUACUACAGUAUACAUUUUGACAUACUGAUAAAAUCUCUCAAUAUGUCGUUGCUGUUCCAUGCUGUCGGCCUAGAUCUGUAUGUAAAGCAUGUUAUCCGUUCAGUGGUUUCAUCUAAGAAGUAUAUUCACCCUGCACUCACCAUGAACAUACUAAAUACUAUUUGAAAGGGACAUUGCAAGAUCAACUAAAAUCUUAGGUCAAAACAACAUUUUGGACUUAAGGGGUUUUUUUGUCAGAUAAAUAACACUACAUGAAUGCCAGCAAGUAUUAUCACUCACAGCGCUGCUAAGUCCUUACAUGAAUAUGUCAUAGUGCUUUCCUGUCAGUCAGAAUGUCAUUAUUUCUCUUUAGAGACAAAAACAGUGUUUUGUGAUGUCUGUUGAUUUCGCCCUGCUUAUCUGCGACGUCCACAGAUUUUAAGCCAAACAUGUGACACUGUAAAUGUUUUGUGACAGUGUGAAUAACUCGAGGAGCUUCUUAAUGUGUGUAAGCAGUUGAUUUUAGCUAAUUUGCUUAACACGUCUGCAUUUAAAACUAUAAUUGCACAAUUAAAACAUUUUGGACACACAGACAUCAAUUUAUUAACUUUAGAAAAUUCCAUCUCAGCACCAAUAAAAAAAAAAAAGUUGUCUCUGUAAAA